AUCGAGUGCAACAUUGCUAGAGAGCGCGGCUCAGCAAGGUCUUGGCAGAUAGUCCGGUGCAUGCUGAGGAGGGUCCUGUGGUGGCUAGCGCCUGGUGACUGCAGACGUGCCACAUGAAACACGCUCGAGCGAAGGCCACACCACCGCAGACAACUCACCACAUUUCCACGGCGCUGCUCCCACCGCCGACACUCCUCCCUCUCCACCGCUGCCCGAACGACGAAUCUCCGCCCACCAAGCUAGAGUUGCGGCAAUUUGACGGAGCACGGGAGCAUUGACGACCGCGAGACCACCUUAGCAGCCGUGGCCGAAGAGUGCUGGUGCACCGCAUAAACGAGACACGACACCGCACGCCGAAGCCCGCACCCACGUCAGCGGCGAGCAAGCAGCAUACACUCCUUGGACUCCCUCACACCACCUCCGCUCCUCAGCUCAGCACCGCAUCACAUACCAGAGCCCCGCUAUUAGGCUGUCAAGAGCGCCAACGAGCUCUCUUUGACGGCCGCCUUUGCCAAGACGCCCAUCGUGGCCGACAAUACCCAUCUCACCUCCCCGCCGGUGGAUCGCGCAGAUAUGGCGUCGCCGGCACCGCUUCUCCGCCCGCCCAUUCCAGGCGCUGGUCGUCAACAGGGCGGGAAUAAGCUCCCACGUCUCGGUCUAGCUAUUCCGGCCUCACCGAGUCAGCGACCCGUGAACAGCGCGGCCGCGCCGCCCAUGGCUGCCAACAAUGUACCACCGCUUGGCCUACAUAUCCCAUCGCGAGCACAGCCGCCCAAGCUGUCACUAGCAACUCCAAUGGGUACUGCACAUACACCGCAAGAGACUGCUCAAAGUAAACGAAGGCUACCGCCCCUACAAAUAGCUCCGGGCUUGUCUGCGAGUGGAGGUAGCAGUGAUGAGUCGGCACACAGCAGGACGAACAGCUUCGGCGCCAACACUACACAAAAUGGAUCCGUCUCGACGACGUCAUCGUAUUCGGCUCUAAAUUUUGUAGAAAUGCUAAGAAGUGAUGGAGAUCCAGUCUCAGCCUCUGGUUCAUUAUACAGCUCGAGUUCGGCACAUUCAGGCGGUGUGGGCAUGGAGCGAGAGGGGAGCACGCAAGGUCUACCCGAUCUGGAGAAGUUGAGCUUAGAAAAGGGGCGACCAUUGGAUGUAGAAGAUCUGGAUGAUGCAGGCUGGAAAGCUGCAAAGAAAGAAGGACGUAUCGUGGAAAUAGGCAGUCUCGGUGAAGGUGCUGGCGGCGCUGUGACGAGAUGUAUCCUCAAAGGUGGAAAGACAGUCUUUGCGCUGAAGAUCAUCACAACAGAUCCCAACCCAGAUGUGAAGAAACAGAUCGUGCGAGAACUCAGCUUCAACAAAUCCUGUGCUUCGGAACACAUCUGUCAAUACUACGGCGCCUUCAUGGACGACACGAGCGGCACCAUUGGCAUUUCAAUGGAGUUCUGUGAAGGUGGUUCUCUUGACAGCAUCUACCGCGAAGUGAAGAAACUUGGCGGCCGCACAGGCGAGAAGGUCCUUGGAAAGGUCGCCGAAGGCGUCCUCAACGGCCUGACGUACCUCCAUGGCCACCGCAUCAUCCAUCGCGACAUCAAACCCUCUAACAUCCUACUCACCCGCCAAGGACAAGUCAAACUUUGCGACUUUGGUGUGUCGGGAGAAUUCGGCACCAAAGGCGAUGCCAAUACUUUCAUCGGCACCAGUUACUACAUGGCACCCGAACGAAUAACAGGCCAGAGCUACACCAUCACAUCCGAUGUUUGGAGUCUGGGUGUGACAUUACUGGAAGUUGCACAACAUCGCUUCCCCUUCCCUGCCGACGGCACAGAAAUGAACCCUCGAGCAGGACUGAUCGAUCUGCUAACAUAUAUCGUCCGACAACCGAUUCCCAAACUCAAGGACGAGCCAGAAAAUAAGCUGCGGUGGAGUGAGAAUUUUAAGUACUUCAUUGAGUGCUGUUUGGAAAAAGACCCCAAUCGCCGCGCCACGCCUUGGCAUAUCACAAAACAUCCUUGGCUAGUCGAGAUGAAGUCCAAACGAGUCGAUAUGUCUCAAUUCUUGCGAACGGUGUGGGACUGGCAAGAUUAGAGAACGCAAUUCAAUCAAGGGAGCGAAUCUUCCGUUGGCUCCGUAAGCCCUCUAUUCUCUCACCUCUUGUCUCCACUGGAUAUUUGAAAACAGCGCCAUUCGGACUCGAUCAACUCUGGCGAGUUGUAGCCGGAUUCUCCCAGAGUUGCUGUAUUUUGGGGCUUCGAUACGGUACCACAAGACGUCCUCAGGGGGCGCUUCGUUGGAAGAUUGAGAGACAAAGCUCUGGAGAAGCAAAGGGAGGGAAAAUUCCAGGACUGGCUUUUACAGCUUUCGUUCUAUUUUGUGUUUUUGAGUAACCAGCAUGCAUGCAUCAGCGAAGCGAGAUCACGAAGGUUGAAAGAAAGAAGAGCCAAGAGUAGUGCAGCGGCAUUCGACGAUCAUCAUUUCUUGCAUAUGGCGAAUGUUGUGUGGAUAACCUUCGCAGUAUCUCCUGCUUGUACUAGCGGAAUUGAAAUGGAAAUGAGAAAGAUGUAUCCGGAAUGCUCCCUAACCCCGUUGAUCUCAUUCUUAGCAUGAUGUGCGAAACGUGUG